GAUAAGGCCGCUGGGGUUUCGGAAAACGCUAGACCCGUGGCCCCCCACAUUCUCUGCGUCAAAUCUCCGCUGCAACGCCGCCGGCGUCUGGUUCCGCCGGAGGCCACCGCCUCUUCUCAUCCGAGCUCCUCCACCCUCACCUCUUUUUGGCAUUUUCACCGCCUACCGCCACCGUCAUCACCUCUGAUCUCUUUGUCCACUGUACCGGCGCGACACGGUUGGACUCUCCUCGCUCCAAUCUGGCCACCGUGAUACCGCCUCUAUCUCUCUGGAUUUCGGCAGCCACUAGCACAGCCGCCCUCCUCUGUUGCCCUUGCUUCAUCGUUCAUCACCGCAAGCCACCACCGCCUCCGAUCUCUCUGUCUUUCCAUUGUUAUCUCUCUGCCGGCGGCCACCACUUCCACCGUCGCCCCGUCGAUCUGCCUCCUUCACCGUCUUCUGCGCCAUCCAAUCACCGCAAGCCACUGUUGCGCCACCUUCCGACUGCCAUCGAAGCCGCCGCCAUUCCGUCAUUCUUUCUGUCUUUCUGCCCCCUCUAGCCACCGACAACCCGCCACGUCGUCCUGUCUGAUUCAUCUUCCACCGACUUCGCCGGGCGGCCGGCUACUCGUUCGAUGGGCGUACGGUGAUGUAAAUACUCUCGAACCUUCUUUCCGUUCUGUUGUGAAUUUUCAUGGCCUGUCACUGCGCUUUCGCUGUUUCAUCUUUUCCCCCGUUUCCUUUGAUCAAACUGAGAAACACUCGAAGAACAGUUAAGCUUUCAUUACGCUCUCGUCAAGGGAUCGCUUGCCAUUUAGAGAGCUCCGAAAGUGAAAAUGAGUCGGGGCCUAAACGGAAGCAAUUAGACAUACUCAAUCUCUCCGUGACUUUGAUGGUAGUAUCUGCUUCAUUGCCACAACCUUCUAUGGCAGCCAAAGUAUCGGAACGGAAGCGUUCGUCCAAGAAGGCCGAGGCUUUAGCGCCGGAAGAAUUGAAAUCAUGGUCACAAGGUCUCCCUCUUGUUGCUAAUCGGUUACCCUAUACAGAAAUAUUGAAUUUGAGAAUGGAAGGAAAGCUUAAACAUAUAAUUAAGCCCCCUGGUGUAGGUUUAAAGCAGCGGCCCGGGGUGGUUUUGGCGGUCCUGGAAGAUUCUAGCGUUUUGAGGAUAGUGUUGCCAUCAAUAGAGACUGAUAAGAAGUUUUGGGCGUCCUGGGACGAGUUGGGUGUGGAUUCCAUUUGUGUCAAUGCAUAUACUCCCCCAGUUAAGAAACCUGAGCUACCAUCCCCAUAUUUGGGAUUUUUGUCAAAGAUCCCUGUUUGGAUUUUUUUGCUGGUGAAGCGAAAGCCACAGUCAAAGAAAGCAUUGCAGGCUAAGAGGAUGAGGGAGGAAUUGAGGAGGGGGAAGAAUGAAGAAUUGGCUAGGAUGAGAGAAGAGAGUGAGAUGAUGGAGAAGGCAAUUAAAGCUCAAAAAAAAAUGGAAGAGCAGAAAAGGAGGAGGGAGAUAAAGAAGAGGAAGUAUGAGGAGUCGUUGCGUCAAGCGCGCAGAAAUUCUGAGCAUAUGGCCAAUGUCUGGGACAGGUUAGCCAGUGAUUCCAAUGUUGCAACAGCACUUGGGUUAGUGUUCUUUUACAUAUUUUAUCGAACUGUUGUACUUAGUUAUAGGAGACAAAAGAAGGAUUAUGAGGAUAGGUUAAAGAUCGAGAAAGCAGAGGCAGAGGAGAGGAAGAAAAUGAGGGAGCUAGAGAGGGAAAUGGCAGGGAUAGAGGGUGGAGAGGAUGAGGAGGAAGGAAAAGGUGAGCAGAAUCCUUAUAUGAAGAUGGCUAUGCAAUUCAUGAAAUCUGGUGCUCGUGUGCGGCGUGCACAUAAUAGGAGACUCCCUCAGUAUUUGGAGAGAGGUGUAGAUGUGAAGUUUUCAGAUGUUGCAGGGCUUGGAAAAAUACGACUCGAGCUUGAAGAGAUUGUGAAGUUUUUCACCCAUGGAGAAAUGUAUAGAAGGAGAGGAGUCAAAAUUCCAGGUGGCAUACUUCUCUGUGGGCCACCUGGGGUGGGGAAGACUUUACUAGCCAAAGCUGUGGCCGGUGAGGCUGGUGUCAAUUUCUUCUCCAUAUCUGCUUCACAAUUUGUGGAAAUAUAUGUUGGAGUUGGUGCUUCCCGUGUUCGAGCACUUUAUCAAGAAGCGAGGGAAAAUGCUCCAUCUGUUGUCUUCAUUGAUGAGUUGGAUGCUGUGGGAAGGGAACGUGGUUUAAUUAAGGGUUCUGGUGGACAAGAACGUGACGCUACUCUUAAUCAGCUUCUUGUUUGCUUGGAUGGGUUUGAAGGAAGAGGGGAAGUGAUUACUAUUGCUUCAACAAAUAGACCUGAUAUUCUAGAUCCAGCACUAGUCAGGCCAGGGCGAUUUGAUCGUAAAAUAUAUAUUCCUAAACCUGGUCUUGUAGGUCGGAUGGAAAUUCUGGAGGUCCAUGCUCGGAAGAAGCCAAUGGCUGAGGAUGUGGACUAUAUGGCUGUUGCAAGUAUGACUGAUGGAAUGGUCGGUGCGGAACUUGCCAACAUAAUUGAGAUUGCUGCUAUUAAUAUGAUGCGUGAUGGAAGAACUGAGCAGAUUACAACUGAUGACUUAUUACAAGCUGCACAAAUAGAAGAAAGAGGAAUGCUUGAUAGAAAGGAGAGGAGCCCUGAGAUGUGGAAGCAAGUAGCUAUUAAUGAAGCAGCAAUGGCUGUAAUGGCUGUGAACUUUCCAGAACUGAGGAAUAUUGAAUUUGUUAAUAUCGCCCCCAGAGCUGGCAGAGACUUGGGUUAUGUCCGUGUGAAAAUGAAUCACAUGAAGUUUAAGGAAGGAAUGCUCAGCCGACAGUCCCUAUUGGAUCAUAUCACUGUUCAAUUAGCACCCCGAGCGGCUGAUGAGAUUUGGUAUGGUGCAAGCCAGUUGAGUACAAUAUGGGCUGAAACAGCAGAUAACGCUAGGUCAGCAGCUAGAACUUUUGUUCUUGGUGGCCUUUCUGAGAAGCAUUAUGGGUUAUCAAAUUUCUGGGUAGCAGAUCGAAUAAAUGGCAUCGACGAGGAGGCUAUGCGGAUACUGGACUUGUGUUACAAGCGUGCCAAAGAGAUACUGGAGCAAAAUAGACAACUGAUGGAUGCUGUGGUGAACAAACUUGUUGAGAAGAAAAGCUUGACGAAACAAGAUUUCUUUAGGUUGGUGGAGUUGCACGGAUCCCUCCAGCCAAUGCCACCAAGCAUACUUGACAUAAGGGCUGCCAAACUUGAACAGUUCCAGACCAUGUUGAUGAACCAGAAGGAAGCAGCUGUUAGGAGCAAUGCUUGAUUUCCGGUUAGUAUGAUUUAAAAUAUCAUUUUGAUCAAAAAACCUUUUUGGUAUUAAUAUGAUUUUUUGGGUUCUUGUGGUUUGGAUCCUGUAAAAUUUUAAUACACUAAUGAGAAAAUUUUGUUUUGGUAA